AUGCCGGCUCAAAUCGAGAAUUCACUCGUACUCGCUACUCCUACGAGUACUCCUUUUCUUUCAACUUCAUCGGGACAAUCGCUCCCACCUGAAAUCUUUAAUCUCAUCCUCAUCUCACUUCAAUCCAACACUCAACUAGCUUCACUGGCGAACCUCAGAUCAUGCUCUAAAAAUCACUAUGAAUUUGUCACACCAUACCUCAACAAGUAUAUCACUGUCAACGGACCUCAAUUCGUAAAGCUCUUCGACCCGCUCAGUCAAUUCGCGCCUGCAAAUGUGAUUACUCCGGAAGAUGUUAGUUUUAGCACGCAUAUAUGGAACACAGAUCCAAGCAUUAGGUUCAAAUGGAGCUUAUCGCUCGUGAUACGACUGAAGAUCGUAAUAGAUAACCAGCUCCUCAUUAUCCGGAGUAGAGACUUACAAGUAUGGUCAGAAGCAGUUACCGCAGCAAGUUUAUCAGUAGAUCAUCUAUUAAUGCUCAACUUGCAAUCUCUGUGCUACGUUACGAAAGCGACUACAAUCAGCCCUAGCCAUUUAGCGGCCAUUAUCGAGAUUCUAGCUAAAGUCUGUUCUCCCAAAUCUCUUUGUUUUCGUUGGCUGUUGAAGGAGGAUAAAGGGUGCGAUAUUCCACUCCUAAGAGCUUCUUGGCCAUACUUGACAGUGCAAAAUGAUCUGGUAUACCAUGAUGGCGAUCCAGUCACUCCGUCGCUGCCUAGUGCGCAUGAACCAAGGAUAAGCUUUCGUCGCCAUGUUUGUCACGGCUUUUGCCCUCAUCCCGUUCCAAAUGACGGUACUCAACAACCAUACCUUUGGCAUUACAUCGACAAGUUAGAAGAGUGUGCUUUUCAAGCCAGUACCGGACGUGCUAUCGGUCAAAAUACCUACGGAGUACCAUACGCACCGUACAGGAUUGUCCAAGGACAGGACACAGAGCAGCUGUCAGAGGAAGAAUUAGUUUGUAUAAAAGAGAAGUUCCGAAAUCAUAUCAUAGAACAUUACAGUGACAAACAAGAAGAUUCACUUGAAGGUCAAGCCGAAACUACGCGAAUUCGAGAGUGGGCCGAAAGUAUGAAAUGGAUCUUGGGAGAUGAAGCUAAAAAAGAACCACCAUGCGAAGCAUGCGGCAGUGAGUUUCAUCAAGUAGGAGAAUUUGCGAAAGCUAACCACAUUCUGUAG